GUUAAGUGGUGGGGCUAGCGGCUUACAGGGCAGGAAGGACCAGUAACAGGGGUUCAAUUUUUAAGUGGUAGGCGCGUGUCAAAAGGGAAUCGCGACUCAAUGAUCUCAUCAGACACCAAUUCACCCUUUAACUUCGACAUUGGCCAUCCUUGUCUCAGAAACUCCCAAAUACAAGCUCUUUCAUAACAUACACAAAUCAUAAAAUUUCAUGCUUGCAAUCGCCAAAGAAGCGCCGAAAAUUAAGAACCCCUGAGAACGGCGCUCGCCGAGGCACUGGAUAAACUCAAUAAACAUCCGAAAACCUCAAUUGUCCAACCCAAUGAACGACAACGCCCUCGAGACGUUUGACGAUGUUGCCGACUCGACAGAUUGGCUAUCAACGCCGCUCUCCGGCCUUGCUGCGGUAGAGGCUGCCUUACGAUGUCAAGUCUGCAAGGACUUCUACAAGACACCGAUGCUGACCUCCUGCAAUCAUACCUUUUGUUCCAUAUGCAUCCGUCGCGCGCUUUCGAACGAUGGCAAAUGUCCACUAUGCCGCACAACUGAGCAGGAAAUGAAACUACGUAGCAAUUGGUCCAUGGAAGAGGUUGUAGCGGCAUUUACGAAGGCCCGACCGGACGUUCUGCUCUUCGCGAAGACGUCACAAGAAGCCGCAGCCGAGCCAGCGAAAAGAAAGCUAGAAGAGACGGAGGACUUUGAAUCGGGUAGCGAACCAUCCGGCAAAAGAUUGCGCUCUUCCGCAAGAUUGAGCAAAUCGAGGAGUAUGGAGGCGACGUCCGAGAUGGCGCGCUUAGAAGCCGACAUACCUGACCAAGAUCAAACCAAUUUCGAGCCUGACGACGGACUGGUUGCAUGUCCUAUCUGCUGGCAGCGCAUGAAAGAAGUCCAAGUCAACAAGCAUCUCGAUACUUCCUGUCCGGGCGAACCACAACCGCAAAAGACACCCUCGAGACAUCCCUCCCGUUCUACCAGCAUAUCGAUCGCAUUUUCCUCGCCACCUCCUAAGAGGCAACAGCCCAGAAACAUGGAGCGCUUACCUGCAAUAAACUACUCAAUCCUUAGGGAACCUCAAUUAAAGAAAAAGUUGUCGGAGCUGGGCAUAUCGACAGCGGGAAACCGACAGAUGCUGGAAAGGAGACAUAAGGAAUGGAUGACGAUAUGGAACGCAAACUGCGAUUCGCAAUAUCCGAGGCAAAAACGAGAACUUCUGCAAGAUCUAGAUGUGUGGGAGCGUACGGUAGGCGCCAGGGCACCGAUGUCAUCGAGGUCGAAUCACCUCGGGGCGCAGAUCAGAGACAAGGACUUCGAUGGUGCCGCUUGGGCCUCUAAACACGAUAAUUCAUUCAAAGAUCUAAUAGCUAAUGCACGACGAAAUAAAGCUUUCGCAGAGCAGAAGGCCGGCAAAGACGAAACGAGUACGGGGGAGAUACAGCAAACCACCAAUGCUGGAAACGGAGCAGAGGAAAUUGGAGGAGAGGACCCUGUACCGCAGCCAAACGCAGAGAUGCCAACAUCGUUACCAUACUGGGGAGGACAGCAGACUCCGGUCGAUCCCACGUUAGCAAAUGGGGUAAUUGACUUGACAGGCGAAACGGCUCCCCCGGAUGGGGACAACGGGACGGUAGAUCUAGAUACUUCCUCCAAAUCGACAUUGAUAUCAUGAAAAUAGAUUACAUAUUGCUUAUUCCAAUGGAA